AUGCUUGACCUUCUUGUUAGUUCCCAAACUUCCAUCACGCGAUCCUCUCUCCAAGUUGAUGUUGAUGGUGCACCCGCUAUUCAAACCGGGACAGGUCAUGCCGACCCCUCGAAAAACUGGUUUUCGCCGAUAUGCUGUACCCUUAUUCAAGGACCCCGGUCUGCUAUCCUUGUCGACACACCAGUAACAGGUGAUCUUGCCGAAAAGUUAGCCGAAUGGGUGAAGCAAACGGCUCCUGGAAAACAGCUCCGCUACAUCUACACAACCCAUGCCCAUGGCGAUCACUUCUUCGGCAACCCAGUCUUACUGCGCCAUUUCCCGCAAGCUGAGUGCGUGGCAACUCCUUCUGUUGCCCGGGCCAUCGCCAAGCAACUGCCCGAUGGAGUUGAUAUGUGGAAACAAAUGUUUCCUGGUGGACAAGUGCCAGAGGGUCAAUUUUCGCCGACUUCGUUACCCCCAGGAGGCGAAUUUUCCAUUGAUGGAGCCCCUCUCUUUGGAAUCGAUGUACUCUACUCGGAUACUGAAGCCUCUUCAUUUCUCUAUGUCCCUGAACUCAAAUUGGUAGUUUGUGGCGACAUUGUCUGUGGUGAUUGCUAUCAAUUUUUUGGCGAGGCCAGCACUCCCGAGAAAAGACAAAUGUGGCUUCAAUCGCUUGACCAGAUCGCUAGUCUGGACCCUCACAUUGUUGUCCCGGGACAUAAGCGACCGUCGCAGGUGAAUGGUUCUUACUUGAUUUCGGCCACGAGGGGAUAUAUUCUGGCUUUCGAAGCCGAAUUGAAGCGAUCCGAUGACGCGGAGCAUUUGGAAAGGAAUAUUGUCGCGCAAUAUCCAAAUCGACUGAACAAAUUUCUUGAGUGUAGUUGCAAGAGUUCUGUCAAUGAAGCUUGA